AUUUCUCAUGCACUAACCUCCAACCGCCUGGAGGAAACUGUCGCUUCGGCGUUCGCGUUUCUUUUCACACCACAACUCCGGUGCUUCAAACAAAAAAAUCUGGUCUCUUUUAAAUUCUCGUGCAGUCCUCAUGUUACCUAGAAUCUAAAUGUGGCACUCAUCCAUCAUCAUUGAAGGCACCAUCCGGGCAAGUGAAUAAUUUUCUCCGCUCCAACAAAUUCACCGACUCUUCUCCAGAAAAAUGGAAGAGCCCCUGAGUCGGCGGACGUCGACGUCGGGUGACAGUAACCUCUCGACCCACGACAUGAACUCCCCAACAGUGACGUCCCUGGACGAGCGCCUCCUCGACCUAGGGACGAAGACCUCUCUCUCGAGCCUCCGCACUCCGCCCACAAAAAAAGCAAAACGAGUCCGUUUCUUCCGCAACGGUGACAAAUUCUACACGGGAGUGGUGAUGGCAGUGACCCCUGAGCGUUAUCGCAGCUUUGACAGCCUCGCCAGUGACCUAACCCGGGCCCUGGUGUCCAGCGUGACCCUCCCCAGUGGUGUCCGUUGCAUCUACUCAAUGGACGGUCGAAAAGUCCAGAGCAUAACCGACCUGGAAGACGGCAAGUGUUACGUGGUAUCAGGCCAGGGUGAGCUCUUCAAGAAGGUCGACUACUCCUCCACCAAAGUCCGACGAGGAAGCUCACUCUCCGGUCUCCCCCAGUCCCCGGCCGGGACUGGAAGACAGAUAAACGCAAUACCAAGUUGCGUGAAAGCGAGAAUUAUAACGCUAAUUCGUCAUGGAACCAAACCCCGAAGAGUUCUUCGUCUUCUCCUCAACAAACGAAAUGCCGCUAGUCUAGAUCACGUCCUGGAGGCGAUAACAGAGGUCGUUAAGCUCGACUGUGGCGCUGUGCGAAGGGUUUACACCCUCUCUGGGAAGCUAGUCAUCACACUGGAUCAGUUCUUCGAGAGCGAGGAGGUGUUCGUGGCCUAUGGAACGGAAAAGUCCACGCAGGAGGACUUCGAGCUUGAGCCUGAGGAGUCGAAGUGCGUCCAGAGCUUCAGGCGGGGUCCCUCGGUGUCCAAAAGACACGGGGGACCCAUGCCAGUGAUGCCCAGGAAGACUGGCAAGAGAAUUCUCAAUGCUCCACAGGUGAGGACCCCCAGUCCAACCUCACUCAUGCUCCCCCAACCCCUCAGGAUGCAUUACUCUGUGGGGCAUGUCAUCGGCGUUGGCAAUUUUGCUGUCGUCAGACACUGCGUUCAUAAACAAACGGGGGCAGAGUAUGCCAUGAAGAUCGUGGAUAAGCACAAGUGCCAGGGGAAGGAGACCAUGUUGGCCAGCGAAGUUGGUAUUCUUCGACAAGUCUGUCAUCCCAAUAUCAUCAGUUUGAUUGGCGAACAGGAAACUGCCGAUCAACUUUUCCUCGUCAUGGAGCUGAUGAAAGGGGGCGAUCUAUUCGACGCCAUUGCUGCUGUUACCAAGUUCUCGGAGGCUGAGGCUAGUGUCAUGAUUGGCCAUUUGACCUCGGGACUGGCCUAUCUCCAUUCACAUCACAUAGUUCACAGGGAUGUCAAGCCGGAAAAUCUACUGGUGGAGAUGGAGGGGAGUCAUGUGAGGUGCCUGAAGCUUGGGGACUUUGGGCUCGCCCAGGUGGUCAGGGAGCCACUCUACACGGUGUGUGGGACACCCACUUAUGUCGCGCCUGAGAUCCUGACGGAGACUGGGUAUGGACUCAAGAUUGAUGUAUGGGCAGCUGGUGCGAUACUCUACAUUCUCCUCUGUGGAUUUCCACCUUUCGUUUCCCCUGACAACGAUCAGGAGGAGCUAUUCGAGAUGAUAUUGAAUGGAUACUAUGAGUUUACCCCGCCUUAUUGGGAUCCCAUAUCUGAUUCUGCAAAAGAGCUCAUAUCGAAUAUGCUACAAGCACAGCCAGAACUGCGAUUCAGUGCUGAGGAUGUGCUUGAUCAUCCAUGGCUCGUGAGCUUUCUAGGAGGCGAGCAAGCCACAGGGAGAGGCCAACCAUCCCUCGAAUCGCCGGAGCAAUACUGGGAUAAGCAGUGUAAGCCGAUGAGAGUGGCGACAUUCGAAUUUGACUACAAGAAACAACGGUCCCCUAAAAGUGACAAAGCACCUGAUAUCGAUACAACACCUAAGGGGAGGUGGUUCGAUGCCACGUUUACCACCCCGCCAACCCCGAAGAGAGCCACCGACGAGACCGAUCACAUCAAUGGGAAUGGCAACGACGAGCCCAUAUCCCUGAGCUCCGAUUGCCUCCAGGACAUACGCGCAUUAACCUCAUCCCUCCACAAUCUAAUGGACAACAUGAAUAUGGCCAACGAUACGUGCAAUACAUCAUCAACAAUUGUCACAUCAAUGAACAGUAUUCCAGAGACUAAUUCAAUGAUGAAAAAUAACAAUGGCCAAUGCCAGAGUGAUUAUUCAUCAGAUUUACAUUCCAAUAAUAAGAGAAAUGGUAAUUCACUCUCUGAUAUUCAUUCCAGUAUAUCAACGACACCUGUACGUCGUAAUUAUCGUGGUAAUGAUACAGUUAAACCAGUGAAGUGCAAUAUUAGAGGUAGGGCACAGCGUAGGGAUUUAUACAAUACCAAUUGUGCAACUAAAAAUAUUGUUAAGAGUACAUUGAGACAAUCGUCGAUUGAUCGUUUGUCACUGUCCACAGACUGUUUGAGCACUGGCUCUGAUAAUAAUAUCGAGACAUCGGAUAGUUUUGUUAAUAUAAAAUUUGAUAGUGCUGGUGGAGAGCAACACGUCAGCUCAAAUCAUAGUCUGGAAUUGUCCAAGAGCUUUGAAACUUCUGGCUUUGAUAGAGAAACUAGGAUUUCCCAGGUGGGCGAAUCGAAAAUUCCGAGAACUCCAAGGUCUAAUGCUUCGCAAUUGACGAGAAUGUCGCAAAUUCCUGUGCAUAUUAAUGGACAAAACACCUCCAGGGGUCGUGAUAGAAGUGAAAAGAAGACUGGAGUUAAUGAAAGUGUCAGGUUGAGGGAGAAGAAGGGCAGUGGGAAUAGUGAGCAAGUUAGAAAACGAUUUAGUUAUGCUCCACAGUACUCGAGGAGACUUCAGGAACUCGAUAAUGGGAGGAAUCGCAGUGUUACCAAUGGGAGAAAGUGCAGUUCGACUGAUGAAUUGAGGGAGGACGAGCAGAAACCUGUGAAGAGCAAUAGAUACAGUUUGUAUUACACACCCCAGCCUGCUAGGAAAAAUUAUGAAACGGAUAACGGUGGAAGGAGCCCAGUGAAGACCAGCAGACCGACUAGUUGGAAAAGUUCUGAGUGUAAGGAAGAGGGAGAGUCGAGUUUGAAUAAAAAUCGAAAUCGUAGAUCAGUGGAGGGAACAACUGUUGCCAGCAGGAGCAGAAAUAGUCGACAGUCGAUUCAUGCGAGGGCUAGUGUUGGGGGUAGUUUGCCCACUGGGAAGAGUAAGUGAGAAGUGGAUUCAGGGGGGGGGGCAUUAAUACUGAAUAGUUUCCUUGAAUGAUGAGGCGAAUCUUAUUGAGUAUUACUCACGUGACGAGACACCGAAAUUCCUGUACAAAUUAAUGGACGAAACUCUAGGUGAGGGACAUGAGCAGUGAGAAUUGUGAAGAAGUUGGGAAAUGAUCUAGGUCUGUCUCAAUGGAAUUCAAGAGACGAAGAGCUUAAUAAGAGUUCCAAUUGGAAGAAAAUAGAGGUCCUCUGAUAAAUUCAGGUAUUUAUGACGCCCUCAGGAAAUCGAGAAUGUCAAGAUUCAAUCGAAAAUCAGUUGAGGGAACGACGAUUGGUAACAACAGUAGAAAUAAACGAUAGUCGAUUCAGGUGAGGUCUGUCGUUGGAGGUAAUUUACCCGCUGGGAAGAGUCGAUUGUGUGGGAAAUUAUAAAUGAACAAUUUGGUACUAUGGUAAAUCGAAAAAUGAUAACGUUGACUGCCAUUAAACGGCUUAGAAAUAUAGAAAAUUUGUAUUAAAUUAUUGAUUUUUACUAGUUUUUUUCUUCUAUUUUUGAAGAUGGAUUUUAUCAUUUUAAUUGAAUUAAUUAAUUAAAUUCGAUUGGCAUUUUUUUGGUUGUUUUUGAAAGUGUUACCAGUGAAAUCAUUGAAAUCAUUCUCUUCUGUUUGUACUCGAGAUACUAUAUCAAUCGAUAGCACUAGGAAAUGCGCAGAUCGGUCUAUAUCAAACGAUAAUAAACGUGUUUCAAGGGCAGAGGACGAAUUAUAUCGGCUACAGGGAGUGAUAAUGAAUGUUGAAUGUUGCUCAUGCAUUUAAUGUCAAGUGAUAAAAAUAGAUAUUUUUGUAUUCGCAGUUAAUCAUUUAACAAACUGAAGAUUCGACUCCUGAGAUAUAAUCAGAGAGUGAGAGGUUAACGUACGGUACAAUUUCAUUGAAUUAAAAAAAUCAAUUCCUAUCGGCGAUUUUUUAUUAGCAAAAAAUAUCCGAUAGAAAUAAUUUUACAGAAAAAAAUGCGAACUUUCUAACUUUUUUCUAUUUCUGUUCUUCCUCCUCGCGAAAAAAUUAAUGAUUUUUUUCACUAAACUUUCUUAAUCAGUUGGAAAGGUGGAUAGAAUUUUCUGGUUAAUUAUCCAAUGAAAUUAUGUCGUACGUUUCGGCAUUGGUUGACGUCAGUAGCUGCGCCAAAUGGGCUAGACAUAUUUCGCAUAUUUAUUUUUGUAGAGAUGAGGAAUCAGGAAAUUGUCAAAUGUAUUCGUCCUCUGUUUUCAGUGCAAAUUAUGAAACACGUCUUUUGUUGCAUUAAUUUUUUUAUAACGUGUACAAUUACCCUUUUGUUGUAAAUAUAUUCAAGUGAGUGGAUAUAAAUUGUAGACAAAUUCGAAUUACUUUCAGUUUAAUUAGUGCAAAUAGAUGAACUUAUGUACUUUUUCAAGGAAUUCAUUAGAUUAGUUGAGGAUUGGUACGCGUGGCAUUUGCUGUAGUUUUUUUCUGUAGGUUUUUAAAUUAAGUGAUUCACGCCAAAUAUUAAUGAACAAGGGAGGAUGUAUUUAUAUCGUAUUAUUACUGUAAUUAUGAUUAUAUGAGUAUACUUAAUUAUUAAUAAACAUUUAUAUUCGCUGA